UGUCAAAAAUAAAAGUUUCAGAUGGGUUUGAAAAUUAAACAUUUAUAUAUUUUAAUACGAACCACUCAGAAAUAUUAACUGGCUCUCCAAUAUUUUGGCUUUUGUCGGUACACAAUCCAUUUUGUUACCAUCAUGGCUCUGGAAAAUAUUUGCGGGAUGGAUAAGGCACCGUUUAUGAGGACCUUUGGAGCCCUCACCUCCGAUAGGACAAUCGAAGAAAUCCGACUAGCCUCGAGUAACAUGGUCAACCCUUUGGCAAUAAUGGCUCCACCGUUUGAGAAUCCCCGACAGCGUCUGAAUGAACUGGCGGCCCAGAGUAAAGUGCGGAUGGACUUUGAUCACGGCACCACCACGGUGGGAUUUGUUUACCAAGGAGGCAUAAUACUGUGCGUGGACUCCAGGGCCACGUCGGGGAGGUUCAUUGGAUCCCAGAGCAUGCAGAAAGUGGUGCAGGUGAACCAGUACAUGCUGAGUACGAUGGCGGGCGGAGCGGCGGAUUGCACCUAUUGGGAUCGAGUCUUGACCAGGGAGUGCCGCCUGCACGAGCUUCGCUUUAAGGAGCGGCUUUCUGUGCGAUCUGCUGCCAGGUUUAUUUGCAAUGUGGCUGCGGACUACAAGGGAAUGGGUCUCUGCAUGGGCAUGAUGCUGGCGGGGUGGUCACCCGAGGGUCCCACUUUGGUCUACGUGGACUCCGACGGACUGCGCAUCGCCGGCAAAGUCUUUGCCGUGGGCAGUGGUGCCUCCAAUGCCCUGGGGAUUUUGGACACCGACUACCAGUUUAAUCUCAGCGACGAGAGUGCCUAUGCACUGGCCUUUCGCGCAGUGUAUCAUGCCACCAUGAGGGAUAUUUUUUCAGGUGGUUUGGUGAGACUUUAUCACAUGGACCGAUGUAGCUGGAGAAAUGUGGCCAACAAAGACUGCCAAGAGUUGCACGAAGAGUACUCAAAGGAGUGAGUUUAGGGAACUGAAACCCCGUUUUUGGGAACACAUAUGGUUUAUCGAAAGCAUUUGUCGGUUCACUAAUUUAUUCAUUAUUUAAAGUUAUUGUGGCAAUGUAUCUGAUUUUAUUUCACGAAAUUGGGGCCAUAAAAUAAAUAUAAGCUUGUUCAUUUUCUAAUUUA